GGCGCAGAGGAGGAGCCGGACGCAGUGACCCAGGAGCCGCAGACCCUGGAAGACUCGGCAGCCGGAGAGGCAGGCUGCUCCCCGCAGCUGCAGGCGCUUCCAGGCAGCCCUCCGAGCGGAACCAGAGGCCCGAACCGCCCUCCCCAGCCCCGAGCCAUGAUGAAGACCUUGUCCAGCGGGAACUGCACGUUCAGCGUGCCCGCCAAGAACUCGUACCGCAUGGUGGUGCUGGGCGCCUCCCGGGUGGGCAAGAGCUCCAUUGUCUCUCGCUUCCUCAACGGCCGCUUCGAGGACCAGUACACGCCCACCAUCGAGGACUUCCACCGGAAGGUCUACAACAUCCGCGGGGACAUGUACCAGCUGGACAUCCUGGACACGUCCGGCAACCACCCCUUCCCCGCCAUGCGCAGGCUCUCCAUCCUCACAGGGGACGUCUUCAUCCUGGUGUUCAGCCUGGACAGCCGGGAGUCCUUCGACGAGGUCAAGCGCCUGCAGAAGCAGAUCCUGGAGGUCAAGUCCUGCCUGAAGAACAAGACCAAGGAGGCGGCGGAGCUGCCCAUGGUCAUCUGCGGCAACAAGAACGACCACGGCGAGCUGUGCCGCCAGGUGCCCGCCACCGAGGCCGAGCUGCUGGUGUCGGGCGACGAGAACUGCGCCUACUUCGAGGUGUCGGCCAAGAAGAACACCAACGUGGACGAGAUGUUCUACGUGCUGUUCAGCAUGGCCAAGCUGCCCCACGAGAUGAGCCCCGCCCUGCACCGCAAGAUCUCCGUGCAGUACGGCGACACCUUCCACCCCCGGCCCUUCUGCAUGCGCCGGGUCAAGGAGACGGACGCCUACGGCAUGGUGUCGCCCUUCGCCCGCCGCCCCAGCGUCAACAGUGACCUCAAGUACAUCAAGGCCAAGGUCCUCCGGGAGGGCCAGGCCCGGGAGCGGGACAAAUGCACCAUCCAGUGAGCGGGGGGAGGGGACGGGACGCUGGGGUGGGGCUCGGGCCGUGCCUUGCGGGAGGCGGCCCCGAUGCCCGCACCCCCUAAGAGACCCCCAAUGGCGGUCGUUGGCACCAGACUGGAGGACCCCAGCCUUGAACCUCUGAACCUUCUCUUGCCUUCCUGCCUCUUCCCUCUGAUUCCACGGAUCCCCCCCGGUCCCAGCUCCGCCGGGCGGGGACGGAUCUCCGCAGAGCAGGAGACGAGGCUGGGAGACAGCUGGACUUUAUGCAGGGACCCAAGUCGAGCCUUCCUGCCCUUGGGUCGUAAGAAAACUGAUGCCAGAGGGGCCAGGGCCCCUGCCUCCCACAGGGCCUCCUGGGACGGCGACAGGGUGAAAACAGAGCAGCUGGGAGAGCUCGGCUGUCCUGGCGGGAGACCCAGCCGGGCUCCGCUGGAAGCCAGGAGGGCCCCUGCACUCCCAGGCCUGACACUCGUGCCCUCUGGCUCAGCUGUUCCUACCCCUGCCCCCCACGUGGGCCCCGGCUG